UUUUUUGUUUAUUUAUUUAUUUAUGAUCUCUCAACUACAUGAUAUCAGAUUUUUUGAAACUACUGUAUGAGUAGAGGACUUGACCAACUUUAUGCUUUAGAAGCUAUCAUGGUAGUGCCAGUUUGGUACCUCAAAGCUUUUAGAUAUGUAUCUCCUGUAGCUUUUGAGUCGUCUGGUGGCUAGCAGAAUUUGCUAUCAAGUUUUUGUGAUGCAUCAUUCAUUUUUUUCUUAAAAUAUUGAAACUGCAUCAUGUUUGUAGAAACUUGAUGCGUGAAAAUCUAUCCUUUUUCUGGAUGGAUUGAUACUUUACAUAAACUCGUUUGGAACUCAAGAUGAAUGUGUUCUAUUGUUUCUGUUUUCUACUUAUUAACUACUUAUUUGUAUGUGUUAUAGGAAAGAUGGAAGGCAGAAUGAAAAAGGGAAGAAAAUAGGAGCAAUACUCUGUCCAUUAGACAUAUAGUUAUAGGACUGCGUUAUCAUGGGAGUAUCUCAAGAAACAGUCAUGGCUAUGAAGUCUUACCAAAAUCAGGCUCGGGUACUGGUCAAGAACUACUUGCUAGCUGAUCCAUUCAUUCCUUACACUUCCAUCCUUGCUGGCAUACUUGCUUGCAAAGUGGCCUAUGAUCUUACUCAGUUAAUCAGCAGUUCCUAUAUCAAGACUUACCCAGGUCUUACAAAAAUGCAAAAGAUGGAGUGGAACAAUCGUGGUAUCUCUACAAUUCAUGCCACUUUUAUCACAGCAAUGUCAUUGUACCUGAUAUUCUGGUCAGAUCUCUUUUCUGAUCAACAGCUUGCUGGUCUUGUUACCUUCCGAAGCUCACUACUCUCUACUUUUGGAUUGGGGGUAUCUGUUGGAUACUUCGUCACAGAUCUUGCAGUGAUUUUGUGGCUGUAUCCUUCUUUGGGCGGAUUAGAAUAUGUUGUCCACCACUCCUUUUCAGUAAUUGCAGUGGCAUAUUCAAUGUUCACUGGAGAAGCACAGCUUUAUACAUACAUGAUUCUCAUCUCUGAGGUGACAACUCCAGAGAUUAAUAUGAGAUGGUAUCUUGACACGGUUGGUAUGAAGAGGUCCAGUGCAUAUCUCAUUAAUGGUGUUGUGAUCUUUGUUGCCUGGCUGGGAGCGAGAGUUUUGCUGUUUAUUUACAUGUUUUACCACGUCUACUUGCACUAUGAUCAGGUUAUCCAGAUGCAUAUCUUUGGUUAUCUCUUGGUUUUUGUGGUGCCUUUGGUAUUAUGCAUCAUGAAUUUGGUGUGGUUUGGUAAGAUUGUUAAGGGAUUAAGGAAAACUUUAGCGAAAAGCCAAUGAUGGAUGGAUGGAUGGAUGGAUGUUGUUAGGAGAAGUGAAUCCAGGUCUUGCUUUUGCUUGGUCUAAUAUUUCUGGGCAACAUUUUGUACUCUGUCUUAUAUAAAUGCUGGAAAGAAGGUAGAAGGAAAAAAAAAAAUCAAGUUUAUUAUAUUUCCUUGUUGAUGUAGAUCGAAUGGCUCCCAUUAUUGCCACACAAAAAGCUUUUUACUCCUAUCCUAAAAUAAGUCUCGAUUUUUUAC